CGCCGGCCGGCCGACUCGCACCGCCGGCGGCUAUCACUUGUUGCCGUGCCCCGAGGCGGUGUGGAGGUACCGGCCGACGGCUGAGGUGUGCCCUCGGGCGAGUGACGGAGCGGCGGUCAGGAGAGGGCUGGGCGCGCGGAGGGACCGGCAGACGACCGACUGAGGCUCGGAUCUGGAUCAAUGGUGGCCUCUGCUGACCUCCGGUGACCUCUGGUGACCUCUGGUGACCUCUAGACGCCCAGCGAUGGACAUGGACGCCCUGUUCUCGCGUUAUCUGGCGCGGCUGAGACUGACGCUGUUCGUCACCUACCAGGGUGUCACCGGCGCCUCCAUGCUCAGCUGCGUCCUGCUGCUCCAUACACAGGACGACGUCACGCUGCUGCCCACGCUGCUGACGCUGGGCGUUCUGCUGCUGGUAUUGUCGGCGGCCGGCUGGCUGCUGCGGCAGCCCUCUCCCUCCGCCGUGCUGGCCAACAGCCUGGUCUCGCACGCCGCCGUGCUGGCCGGUCUGCUGGUGGCGCUGACCGGCGGCGCCGUGCCAGCCGGCCGUCUGCUGGCUGCCGUGUGUCUGCUGGUGCUGGCCCAGCUCACCAUGGCGCCCGGGCCGACGCUGCUGGUCGGAGGCCAGGCGCUGGCCACCUCACUGCUGUACGCCGGGUUCCGGCUGGCCGAGGAGACCGCCUGUGGGAGGCAUCAGAUCCUGGUGGACUCUGUGUUGCUGACCUGCGCGCACGGCGUGGGCCACUACUACCGCCACAUGACCCGGUCAGGUCAUAUGGCAGCGCUGGUGGCCACCCGGCGCUGCAUCGACUCCAGGGUGAAACUGGAGUGUGAGAGGGAACACCAGGAGCAGCUUCUUCUGAGCGUCAUUCCGGCCUAUAUCGCCGCCGAGGUCAAGCGCGGCAUCAUGGUCAAAAUGGCCGACGUGCGAGCCACCGACAAGACGGCCAAGAAACAGUUUCAUGAUCUGCACGUGCAGCGACACAACAAUGUCAGCAUCCUGUACGCGGACAUCGUCAACUUCACGCCAUUGUCUGAGCAGCUCAGCGCCAGCGACCUGGUGCUGACGCUCAACGACAUGUUCGGACGCUUCGACCAGAUCGCCCAGGAGAACCAGUGUAUGCGUAUCAAGAUUCUGGGCGACUGCUACUACUGCGUUUCGGGACUGCCGGUGUCCCGACCGAGCCACGCCAAGAACUGCGUCAAAAUGGGGCUGCAGAUGAUCGACGCUAUACGGACGGUGCGUCAGGCGACCGGUUUCAACGUGGACAUGCGGAUCGGCGUGCACUCUGGUAACGUGCUCUGCGGCGUGCUCGGCCUGCGCAAAUGGCAGUACGAUGUCUGGUCGGACGACGUCACACUUGCAAACCACAUGGAGUCGGGCGGCGUGCCCGGCCGGGUUCACAUCACGCACGCCACGCUGAUCCAGCUGGACGGAGCGUAUGAGACAGAGCCGGGCGACGGUCACCUGCGCGACUGGUACAUCGCCGAGACUCGCACCCGCACCUACCUCAUCGUACCGCCUCAGACGUCGGCUGUGAAUGACACGGCUGGCUACAAGAUGGCGGCCAAGCGCAACAAGUACGUCGAGUGCUGGGGCGCCGACAAGCCGUUCGCCAACAUCAACGAAACGGCGCUAGCCACCAACAUUGGACUGGCGAGUUUGUCGUCAGUGGAGGCCAGCCUAUUUCCACUGGGACUAUCCACCAUUGACUGCGGCCAGUGUUGUAGCCACUCGGAGGAGCUACAUCCGGUGACGCUGUGGUUCCGGGACGGCCAGCGCGAGCUCGAGUACCUCCGGCAGAGCGACCCCGAGUUCCGACACCACGUCACCUGCGCCCUGCUGCUCUACCUGGCCGGCUGCUGCGUCCAGCUCGACCACGGCGUGAGGUCACCGCUGGCGCUGAGCACCUUCUCCGUGACUCUGGCCGUGCUCGGCCUGGCCCGGCUGGUGCUGGGACUCAGGGCCGGCCCCGGCUCGCAGUCAGAGGCGUCCUCUGUCGGCCACAAAUCGAUACUGAGUGUGGGCCUGCAGACGGCCCUGGUGGUGACCGUGUCGGUGCUGGCGGCCGUCUCCGCCGUGGUCACACUGGUGGACAGCCCGAUGGCGGUGGCCCCACGUGCGCCGCCCACCCCGGGCAAUGUGAGCAGCGAACCGGUGGAACUGACUGACACCGCAUUCCGGCGGAAAGAGGUGGCGCUGUUCGCCACUCUGCUCUCGCUCUUCAUCACGCUGGUGUUCCUGCGCACCAACUUCCUGCUGAAGCUGGUGCUGAUGGUGCUGAGCAGCGCGGCCCACGUGGUGCUGGUGGCCGGCUGGUCGGGCGCCGGGGCCGGCUGGCCGGCGCCGCUGCUACUGCUGGCCGCUGGCUGCGCCCUGCUGCACACCCUCGACCGACAGGCGGAGAGAACCGGGCGCGCCGACUUCCUCUGGCGCAUCAAACAGCGCGGCGAGCAGGAGGACGUGGAGACGAUGCGCGGCAUAAACAAGGUGCUGCUGGAGAACAUCCUGCCGCACCACGUGGCCGCCCACUUCCUCAACAGCAGCGCCAUCGAGGGUCUGUACCACGAGCGGUACACCUCUGUGGCGGUGAUGUUCGCCUCCAUACCCAACUACCGCGAGUUCUACGGCGAGACGGACGUCAACAAACAGGGACUCGAGUGUCUGCGACUGCUCAACGAGAUUAUCUGCGACUUCGACAAGCUGCUUCUGAAGCCCAAGUACAGUGGAGUGGAGAAGAUCAAGACGAUCGGCAGCACCUACAUGGCGGCGGCGGGCCUUCAGCCGGGUCAGGAGAAGGACCGCGCCAAGCACGAGCACAAUGUCAUCACACUGGUGGAGUUCGCCACGGCGCUGAUGGCCGCGCUCGACUCCAUCAACCGGGAGAGCUUCCAGAACUUCAAACUGCGCACCGGCAUUGACCAGGGCGCGGUGAUUGCCGGUGUGGUGGGCGCCACCAAGCCUCAGUACGACAUCUGGGGGGACACGGUCAACGUGGCCAGCCGGAUGGACAGCUGCGGCGUCAUCGGACGGAUCCAGGUGACGGAGCGGGCGGCGCAGAUCCUACUGGAGGCCGGAUACAGACUCGACUGCCGCGGCUCCAUCCAGGUCAAAGGCAAGGGCGCCCUGGUCACCUACCUCGUGCGCACGCCGUUCGACCCCAGCUUCCCCGCGCCGUCACCGGUGCUGGCCUGCCCUCCGGUUCUCCCCGCGGUACAGCAGGCAGCUCUACUGGCCCCACCAGGCGCUUAUCCGAUCUCGUCCGCAGAAAUAUCGGCAGGUCUACCGGCAAUGUCCUCCAUAUCUCCAGCAGCCCCGCCUGACACUCAAGUCAGUGAUAGUGGUUGUAGCAUUAUAGCACCAGAGGCACAUGUGAGCUCCCCAGUGCUAAACGCUGCCGCGCCAGUCAUCGAAUCCAGUGCGGACCGAUCAGAGUCGCCAGCGACAGACGAAGUUCCACCAGCGCCUGAGACGGACGCCGAGAGCGACGAGACCACGGCUCUGAUGGGUGUCGAAUCUGCGACGGCGGGGAGGCGGAAGAGCACGGAAAGCCGCUCUGUGCCCCGGACUCUGGCGCUGACAGGUGUGGACGGAGCGGCGAUGCCAUCCGUCCAGCCGCUGGCAGCCACCCUCACCGUCAACGGCAGCGUGCACAGCCAGCUGGUUCCCGAGACGGCCAAUAGGCGGCAGCACCGGCCGCCCAGCUGACGUCUGGAGCGCGGCGAGACGCUCGUCUGAGGGAGACGACUCGUCUCGGGGAGCUGAUAGACGCAGUCGGACCCUUGUAGACGGUGACGGCUGGUCCAGGAGCGUGGAGGUGCCAGAACUGCAAGAAAACUUACUCGACGUGUCAGAGCGGCGGUGCUUCUACGCAUAUCUCUUACUCGUUGCACCCAAAAUCCUGGACCAGGCGAUCGAAGCUGCACCUCUUUUCUAGACUCGACGGAGGCCCGUCACCCGUUCUUCUCGUGUCCCGUCAAUGGAUUAUGGGGAACUGGGAGCUGGGAAGGCAACUCCAUCCCAAGCCGUGUCGUGAAGCUCUCAGCUCAACCGUUGCCCUCCUCGAACCACACCUCUUCUUCUAUGUGUUUCAGUGAUCUAUGUGCUUUCAAUGAUCUGAAGACCUCUGGCGAUUCCUCCACGCCGACCACCAUACACUAUCAAUGUGAGCGUCAAGGCUGAUAAGGACAAAGAGCUGAAUGCGAGAUUCUGACGUGGCGCUGUGGCGAACUGGCGUUCAUGUUACGCCAGUCUGAGGUCAAGGCGGUGACAGUGAUCGUCUACUCUGACUAGCACUGAUUCGGGGCGAGGACUGGUAAAGCUGCUGACACCGACUGAACUAAGCAUCGGUCUCUCGUCCGUGGUCCUGUGCGGCACCGCUGGGUUGGAGGCAGUCGCCAGUCACCACCUCUUUCAAAGGUGACGGCGUAACGGGAUUGUGACUCGUGUGCACGCGGGAACCCUGUUCAACGAAGGUCCUUACUUCUAACAGGGUAUGAAAACGAAGGACAACCGUGGGGUGCGCGCAUAGUUGCCAUAGUAUUAGCGCUUUGUUCGCUCUAAAUGCAUGUCACCAUUGAUGUGCUUCAUGUGAGAGAUUGUUGCCGAAUCUGAAUGUCAUGCUUAACGUAUCAAUAUCAUCAGCAUCAUCGAACGACAAUCAAAUAAUACAGCUCUCAUUUUGUUUCA